AUGUCGACUUCUUGGUCUUCUUCGUCUCCGGCGGUGUUUGCGAUCUCCUCCGUCGAAUUGAAGCCAAGCAGUACCAAGUGCAUAGCCCCCUUCAGAAUCGGCUCUUCUUUUUCUCGACGUUCCUUCUCUACACGCCCUUUGAUUUCGAGAAAAUCGUGUCGUGUGCUGGCAACAGUUCUGAAGGAAGAUGAGCCAAAAGUUGUUGUGGAGGAAUCAUGCCCUCCCAAGGCUGUCGAUGGAGGGGAAGGAGUCAGUAAGGAAGGACCAGAAAGUUCAUCCUCUAACGGAUUGGAUAAAUGGGUUAUUAAGUUUGAACAAUCUGUUAAUAUUUUUCUCACGGAUUCAGUAAUAAGAAUUCUUGACGCAUUUUACCACGACAGAGCUUAUGCGAGGUUCUUUGUGUUGGAGACUAUUGCAAGGGUUCCCUAUUUUGCAUUUCUGUCGGUUCUGCAUAUGUAUGAAAGUUUUGGUUGGUGGAGAAGAGCUGAUUAUCUGAAAGUUCAUUUUGCUGAAAGCUGGAAUGAGAUGCACCACUUGUUAAUCAUGGAGGAAUUGGGGGGUAAUGAUUGGUGGUUCGAUCGCUUUCUUGCUCAACAUAUUGCUGUUGCAUAUUAUUUUAUGACAGUAUUUAUGUACAUGGUUAGCCCAAGAAUGGCAUAUCACUUUUCUGAAUGUGUUGAAAGCCACGCAUUUUCAACUUAUGAUAAAUUUAUAAAAGCCCAAGGAGAGGAGUUGAAAAAAUUGCCUGCUCCUGAGGUUGCUGUGAAAUAUUAUACUGAAGGAGAUUUAUACCUAUUUGAUGAGUUUCAAACUUCCAGAGCUCCCAAAUCACGAAGACCAAAAAUAGAGAGCUUGUACGAUGUAUUCUUGAACAUAAGAGACGACGAAGCCGAGCACUGCAAGACCAUGAGAGCCUGUCAAUCGCACGGGAAUCUGCGGUCCCCACAUUCUUAUUCAGAGAGCUCUCCUGAAGACGACGAGCCACUCUGCAACCUUCCUGAAGCAGACUGUGAAGGCAUUGUAGACUGUAUAAAGAAAGCUGUCACUACUUCCCCUCCGGUAAAGCAAAAAUUAUGAUAUAUAUGUACAAAUAUCACAUAGAAAGAACAUGUAGUUUCACUAGAUUCACACAUAGCAAACAUCUCUCACACCUUCAUAUAAGAGAAGGUAUCCAAGGUCCAUAAAUAGGUUGAUUAUCUUUGUAAUACGAGGAUUAUGCGAAUUAUAAAGAAGUUCGAGUGUUAUUUGUAGCGAUGCCAAAGAAAAUAAAACCAUAGUUUUCUUUGAGCUUUGAGAAUUCUCUGAUAAAUUAGGUGAGAAAAAGUCUCCUUGAAUAUAUCUUUGUCCCUUCAUAA